AGUAACGUCUAGUAAAGGUAUAAAUUUAUGAAUGAUAUUUCAAUUGUCUGAGAUUGCUUUUACAGGAAGUUUGGAAUAUACCGCAAAGUAAAAUGUCGUUUAUUUUAGGUUUUUGCAACCUCUCCAGAUAAUGUUCUCUCAGGUUUUGUCUCAGAGGCCUCUAAAGUCAUCUUACGGAUUCGCGAUCGCGACUAUAAUUCCUCCGAGCUCCUAUUUGAUAUCUCCAGAAAUAAUGCGUCUCAACAUUUUAUUAUGGACUGGCAGAGUAGCGCUGUCAUUGUAGAAAUACAAUUUCAGAGAUACUAUUAUUCAAAUAAUAGAGUCAAGAUAUUUCUCACAAGUCGACCAAGUAAGUUUUCAUCUUUUGUAAAUACUUUGAGAACAGGUAUCGCUUAAUUCUUGCCAAUAUAUAUGGUAAGUCACAUUGCAUAACACUAAAAAUAGUUCUAGUAAUUCGACGUUGUGUUCGGUCGACAUCCGUACAGCCUUGAGGAACAAGGAAGAGUUUCGCUCUCGACUAAUCGGUGCAUUUGUUGACAUUUUCCAUAAUUGGUUAUUACUUCCGGUAAAAAACACACAUUUGAACAAAAAAUAUAGGGUCUUAAAUAAAGCUUCGAGGGGGUGAGGAUUUUAAAUUUUUUGAUUGGAUUUAACGUGACAAGGUAAAAUAAGUAAAAUAAGAAAUUUUCUAAAAAUUUGCCGCUGUGAUGUGCGUUUUCUUGCCUAGUUUUAAAGUUAUCGGCAUUCGAACAGCGGCGUAUAAAAAGCGCGUAAGUUCGAAUGCCGAUAAUUUUAGAACUAGGCAAUAAAACGCAAAUCCCAGCGGCAAAUUUCUAGAAAAUUUCUUAUUUAACCUUGUCACGUUGAAUCUAAAAAUCUUGACCCCCUCGAAGCUUUUUUAGACCCUAGAUUUUGAGUAUAGACGUUCCCUGGUUAAAUGAUUUAUUCUUCACAAGCUUUCGACUGUCAGUCUACAGUCUUCAACGGGUAGAUUAUAAUGAAAGUGAUGCGAGGCAUAUUUAAACCUGUCCAAAUGUUUCGAAUUCCAACGUUUAAUCAUUUGCGUUAAUCAUACUAACUACCAGCCAAUAUUUUCUCUUCAAACAUUUGCUGGAGUACCCUACUUAGCAAUUUGGAAGGUUAGGUGCAAACUGUGAACCUAGUAGGUGGUCUUGCAACAAAUUGUUGUUCCGGCGUUCCGCAAGGCUUGGGGACGAGCGGUGGUAUUUGGAUUAGGGAAAGACCACUGCAAGUGGUAUCUUGAACUGGUUAGAGGUCUGGAUUUUAGUUGAAACUUAGAACAGAAUUUUCACAUACAGAGAUGAGUUGUAUUUGUAAGAAAAUUUUAAAUUGGUGCAAAAGCAUUUCUCAACUAUUAGAGUGUAUUUCUUCAAGUCUAAUGAAAGGAGGUGGAGCUCAUAGGCCGUGGGCCGUUAUGCGAAAAAGUGCUAAGAAAAGCAAUUUCGUGGCAACCCUCUGGGGAAUAGAUUUUCUGUGGUCCAAUUCUUAGUACCAUAGGUUUUCAAUUACCACAAAACGUUCCCAAGCAAAAAAUUUGCCAAGCACCGAGAAAUUGGGUGAUCAGUGAUUAUCCUCUAUUAAAUUGUAUUACAGCAAGAAAAUAUGAAAUUUUGUAUUCAAUUACAACAAAAAUGACUUGCAUCAUCAGAAAGCUUACAAAAAUCUGCAUAUAAGACAUUUAAACAGUAGUUUUUUUUGUUUUCGAGUUAUAUGCUGUCAAAAACGCGUUUUUAUUUACAAGUUUGCCAUUGCAAUAGAUCUAUAUAGAGUACUAUGGGUACAAAUGACUGGAAUUUCCACACAGAGAUAGUUCUCCAAUAACGGGGUUACAAAAAAGAACAACUAAUGGUAUAUCUAAUUAUUUUGAAAUUAAAACAAACAUAAAAAUUAAACACAAAUACAAGAGACAAAGCAAACGUGAUUGACGAACAAACGAACAAAAACUAAAUUUAGCAACAUGUUCGAGUUGAUAACUUCAUUAGUGGGCGAGUGGUGUGACAUUUAAUACACACACACUUAAAUGUUCUUGGAUCUUCAGGGUCAUAAAUUUGUAGGGUUAACUCUACGUAGUAUUUCGUUAGAUUACAUUUAAAUGUAGUUAAUUAGAGAUGUGGUGGUAUUUCUUAUGAAGCCGGGAGGCGUGUUCCAUACAUUAGCAGCUCUGAUGUAAAAGCUGUUUUGAAAAGAAACAGUUUUACUUUUGGUUGCAUGAAGUAGGAUGCCGUUAGUUGAACUAGUAUUCCUUGUCCUAGUACCCAGUCCUUAUUGCGACAUUUUGGUCCAAUUUUCACAAUUAAAACAGCAAUAACUCAAAGACUAUUUGAAGGAUCAAAAAACUGUUUAAAAGUUAAAAGUCUUAUAUGUAGAUUUUUGUAAGCUUUCUGAUGAUGCAAGUCAUUUGUGUUGUAAUUGAACACAAAUUUUCACAUUUUCUUGCUGUAAUACAAUUUAAUAGAGAUUAAUCACUGAUCACCUAUUUUCUCGGUGUUUGGCAAGUUCUUUGCUUGGGAACUUUUUGUGGUAAUCGAGCAUCUAUGGUACUAUGCAUUGAACCACAGAAAAUCUAUUCCCCAGAGGGUUGCCACGAAGCGAAAUAAUUUUGGCCAACGGCCCACGGCCUAUCAUGUUGAUUAGUUGCUGUCAAUCGCAACCACACUCACUGACUAUACACAGCGAUCAAACUUUUAAACUUGUGUCCAAGAUUUAGCAUAUUUCCACAAACAAUCCUGAAUUUAGCCUAGUAUACGUUGACCGGCUAAGAAACGCAUGGCACGUGCCACGUGUUGCAGCUAUUUUAAUAUGUUGCUUUUCGCGCGUGAGGAAAAAAAUUCGCACACGAGACCUAAGCUUUUCAACUUGACACUCAAUAACCACUGAGAUUGAAGAAAAAAUGUUGUUGCUUUUAUUUCAGGAAGUUCACUGGAAAGCAACAUUCACGUGAUUUCGAACGUGACUAUACGUCGAUUUACGAACACGGGAAUCAGUCUUGAUGUGAAUCACGACACGACGGUCAUAAAAAAUUGUCUUAUAACAAAUGCAAAUGCAAAUUGUGUAUCGGUGUCGGGAGAACGAUCUGCAGUGGAACUAUUAAACAAUACAUUUCAAGACAAUGGUAACUCGGCUUAUGCAACGUCCGUACUCGUAUCAUCCAUCAAUUACUAUGUCUCUUUCUACGCAAAUGGAAACACCUUUUAUAACAACAACGUGACCAAGAUGUUGAAACUUUUCAUCACAUAUGAUGUAGCAAGAACUGUAAUUAAGAUCGCCAAUAACGACAUCCUUAAUAAUACUUGCGAGAAUCUGGUUGACGUGGAAUAUGCAGGAAAUUCUUACGCAAGUAGUCUUCGCAGUUCACAGACAAUUUCUCUAGCGAAUAACUACUGGAGACACAAUCAAAUGCGAAGUACCUCAGUAAUAUUAAAGCGAACCAAUAAUUGGUAUUGUACUGGGUACAUAAUUAACGUCUUGCUAAUGGAAAAUGACUUUCUGGACAAUAUAGGUUUGGGCAUUGUUAACAUCCAAUCCUUGUUCAGUUCUGGCAGGGGGAUUGUUGACAUCCAAUACCUAUCGACAAGCAUCAUCGUUAACUCAAAUUUUCUUCAAAGGAAUGUUUUAGAAAAAAGUGCAAUUGUUGCAGCAUUACAAGGUUAUAAUAAUGAUAUUUCAUUAUUACAUAACAGAUUGUUCAAUAACACAGCCGAGAAAUUGGUUGACGUCACUGGAAACGGUCCGAUGGUUGUCAUUCGCAACAACAGCAUGGUGCACAAUGAAAUUGAUAAAAGUAUCUUUAACCUUAUUACUGGCAGUGAUAUUCCGUAUUUAGCACAUUACAGGGUUGCCGGUGAUAUUUCAUUAUUACAUAACAGCUUUUUCAAUAACACAGCUGAAAAAUUGGUUAACGUCAUCAGAAAUAGUUGGAAGGUUGUCAUUCGCGACAAUAGCAUGGUGCACAAUGAAAUUGAUAAAAGUAUUUUUGACCUUGUUACUGGCAUUGACAUUCCGUAUUUAACACAUUACAGAGUUGCCAGUAAUAUUUCAUUAUUACAUAACAGCUUUUUCAAUAACACAGCUGAAAAAUUGGUUAACGUCGUCGGAAAGAGUCGGAAGGUUGUCAUUCACGACAAUAGCAUGAUGCACAAUGAAGUUGACAAAAGUAUCUUGAACGCCUAUGGUGCGGACAGUUUUAAAUUUACCAGAAAUAGUCUGAUUGCAAAUGGCCUUCGUCGACGUUAUUUAUCAUUACCCUACAAUGCCAUCUACAAUGUGUCUGCUGUAAUUUGCUCCAGCAAAAUCAUACGGACGUCUCUCAAUGAGAAUUUCUUUGAAAACCCACUCUUUCCGUGGGAAUUGAUAUUCACGCAAACUUUCAAGCCAUACGAAAUUGACGGUAAAUACAAUUGGUGGGGUUCCAAAGACGAAAAGGAAAUAAUUUUGAGGAUUUUUGAUUUCCGUUGGCGAAAUUAUUUACCUCGACUGAACUUCUCUCCCUUUCUUGCAAGUGCUAAUCUUUCCGACGUUUUCACCGGAGAAACAAAGGUGAACUUUCGUAAUGAUAGCGUAGAGAGAAGACAGGCCGACCUGUGGAGACACUAGUAGGAAUGUUAUAUGUAUAUAUAACAUUCUAAUAUUAUUGUACGUAGUACAGCUAGUGUAACGUGUUUUAGUAAUGGUUUAUAAGAUUGCAAUAUGGAUUUCAAACGUUCUUCUUUGUAAAUUACGUUAUAUAGACGUUAUAAACUGAAUGUGAGAGGGGGAAAUUGGGAAAAGGAACGAAAUCGGGCUAUGCAAGGCAAAACCUGAGUAAUAAUAUGUUUCACACAUGAUGCAUACUUACCUGACGCAGGUACUUACAUGCGUCAG